CACGGCCUUCUUGUCUUGUCUUUCUUUGGCUUGGCCGCUGUGCUUGGUUGUGAUGCCAAGAGUGCUGGGACGUUGAACAUACGCAAGAGGAGCUCACGGGUGCAGCAAGCGUAGGGCCAAGUGGAAGUGAGGCGUGGGCAAGGGCAGUGGACGUGGCGAUGGUCAUGGCGGCUGAUGGCCAAUCUUCUUCGGUGGCUGAGGUCUGCAUCUCCGCUCCGUUCCGCUCAUGUCUGAGGCGGGCCCUGGGUGGUGAUUGAAUCGGCUGUCCGUCUGUGCGUGUGUCCUUCUCAAUCGCCGAAGCAAGCAAGACAGGCAGGCGGUACUCAAUCGGAUACCACCAAUACCAUCUUCCUCAUCUCCCCCAGCAUCCAUGACUUGACAUCCCACAGCCCUGACAUCACGACAUGUUCUCUGCCUUGCUCAAUGCUCCCUGUGAGCUCAGGCUGCACCUCCUCCAGUCCGUAAUCUUCAUCUACCCGCCCCAUCGCGAGGAGACUGAUAACCUCGAGAGCCCACCAAAUCAGACCGACUCCCUCGUCCGUGGCCUGGUAGAGCUCUACGUCCCUUCUCCCAGGCACAUCUCCGGCAUCAAGGUAAAGCUCCGCGCCCUACAGACUGUAGCCGUACUCGACGCCAACUCUGGUCAAAUACCCGUCAGCUGGGAAGACAGCGUACUCCUCGAAAAGGAGGUCAGGAUCGGAGCUCAGGGCGAUGCGGACAAGAAAUAUGCCGGCAGAGGUCGCACACCCGUCCCUGCAAGUAGUAGACUACGCAAUCCCAGCAACCAGCCCGCAGCUCAGAGCUCCAGCCCAGGACCUUCGAGCGACAGACGACCAAGCCAGAGACCCUCGCUGGAAAGUGGUGCCCAGGACAGUCCAGAGGAUGUGAGCCUGGUUGAAGAAGAAGAAGACGACGAGAGGACAGGCCGCUCCACAUCUGUCGCAGCCGUCUUUGCAAGGGCGGUAUCGCGGGGUAGAAAUGGCAGCAAAUCUAGGAACAACUCUAGAAACAAUUCCAGGGCCACGUCUCCCGUAGCUUCUCGAGCCACUUCACCCACUCGUCGGCUGGACAGCUUCGCUUCCACCUCGAACUCUGCAGCUGCUCGAAAUGCUAGCGUAGCACCUGCUCUCUUGCCGCCCUCUCCACCGGCAACCCCGCGAGAUGACUCUCCCCAUGGCGAUCGACUGAAUUCUACAGUAGAGGCCUUCAACGAUGCUCGAGGCCGGCCCGCCGCUUCUCGUUCUACCUCUGAAGCUAGACUCUCCGACCGUCUAGCUGGUUCGCUUUCCAUUGGCCGCGACGUCGAGCGAGUGAGAGCUGCCGAGCAUUCCCAAGGCGGCUGGGGCCACCCCAACAACGAUGACUUUGGCCUCAGACAGCCCAAGCCUCCAAGCAACAUUGCAUCUGGUCUCGGAACACCCUCAGGACCGGCCGUUGCAGGAGGUCAACGCGGUAGAGGUGGUCUCGCCAAGCGCAGAGAAGGGUCGAGGGGCCCAGGCGGCAGUGUGCCACCACGCGGACUGGUCGACGAUUCGGCAAGUACACGCUCAUCGUCGCUGGGAGGCUGGGCAAGGUUCGGCCGCAGUGUCAGUCGAGCAAGAGGCAUCGGCGCUCGCGAAGCAAGCGUGAGCAGGGCCCCUCGAGAUUCGCAAGCCGAAGACGCAGAAGGCAUGGAAGCAACGGUAGAUGUUGGGGCCGGCGGCGGCGGCGGCCUCGUCCUCGAAAAGGGAGUGCACGGAUUUGAGUUUGCCUUCAUCAUACCGGCCAAUUCUGCAGAGUACACCAGAUCGCCUUUUGGAAGGGUGCGAUACGUCGUAAAGGCAACAGCAUACGGAGCCGGCCGCGCCAAGUCGAACGUUGAGGGCUGGAGGGACUGCUUCCCUGUGGCUAAUCCUUCGAUGGAAGGUGGACCCACUCCUCUCACCGUCCUCUACAACGAUGUGCAUCCCACUGUAGGCGUCAUGUCGAUCGCCUGCACUUCACAGAAUAUCUCAGUCGGCGGUCUCUUCCAGCUGGACAUUCACUCGCCAAUCCCACCCAAGGAUCUAAUUGUAUACCUAGUCAGGAUUUCUAUAGACACAACAAUUGAGCUACGAACCAAGCGCAAGGGCAGGCAAGUGGUACCAGCGCAACGUCAAAAGCUCUUCGAAAAAGGGUACGUUCCUCCACGCAAGGAAGACCAGUACUCGAGUGGAGAUGGAAAGAAGGAGGAUGGGCAGAUCCGAGACCCAAAGGUUCAUGGAGAAGACUCUGCUUGGACUGUUCAGGGACUAGCGCGAAUGCCUGACGAUAAUACCAUUCGUAGCUCCACGAUCGGAGGAACCAGAGCCGACAUCCGCUUUUCGCAUCAGCUCGUGGUAGAGGUAGUCCACUCAAGAGAGUCCGAAGAUCCUUCGCAACCGCGAAAACUCAAGGUCUUCGCCCUACGGCAGCCCAUUACGCUACCUUCUUGCUGCGUGGCCUUCGAUGCGGCGAGUCUGCCUGCCUAUACGCCUGCUGCAGAGAACACAGAUGCUCGUCCCACUAUCGACGGCCUGCCUUACGAUCUUGCCCACAUGCCAGACGGAAGCGCUGCUCACAACAAUCAUUCUACUGGUGCUCAGCCGGCCAACGGAGCCUCAGCCGGCCCCUCCAGUGCCCCGCGGUCGAACACAGCUGGUCCUCGUGGUGGCGCAGAACAUGAUCACUGCGUUUGUGGUCUGUCCCUGCAAGACCUUGAGACGCGCGAGAGGGCCAUGAUCCCCGUAGGCGCAAAUCACGACAUUCCCAUCGAGAGUAUUCGCUCUCACGGCAAGAUCGGAGAGAUUCUCCCUAGGAGGAGCACCAGUCGCAGCAGUAGGGCGAGCCGUAGCGAGAGCAGAUCCAGAGGCCAUGGUAGCGCAUCACCCGGAUCGAGGAGGCGUCGCAGUGCCUCUCGCUCCACGUCCCGCGCAGACACCGCGGGCAUCUCCUCUCUUGUGUCGCGUACACGCUCACGCGAAACCCGAUCCCCCAGUGUUCACUCCGGGCGAUCCGGAAGUCUCGCUCGUGCAACGACGAGGGACAGUUUCGCCAGUUCCUCUACUGGUUUCGUCGGCGGGUCAAACCUCAACGGUAGCUCCUCGCGCACCUCAACACUUUGGGCUCAGCCGUCCUCCUCCUCCGCGGGACCUAGCGGAGGUGCCGGUCUCGUGCCACGCCCUCCUACCUCGACGAUGGGCACGGAGCUUGACUCGGUCGUACUGGAGAUGCCUGGUGGUUCGAGGGCCGGAAGCGGAGCAGCUACGCCCGUGGACGAGCCGCCAAGCUACGAUAUCGUACUCGAGGAGGAGAGGGCAGAGGAGGCCGAGGCCGAGGCGGGGGCUGGGACAGGGGCAGGGGCAGAGGAAGAGGAGGCGAGGGGUAGACAUAGAUGAGCGGGUAGUAGAGAUGGCUGGGGAAAGAGGGACAGAGCAGAGCUCAGGCGCAUUUGUCAGCUCUCACAAUUGCAGUUUUUCCAAAUGAAGGACUGUUCCCUCAAUCGGGAUUGCAACUCUCUCCUAUUUGCGACUUCCGCCGCUCACAUGUGCACAUCGCCUGCGUUCAACAAUACAUUAUGGAA